AUGUCUUACAACGACCAGCGUGGGGGCGAUUCCCGCGAAUACGGCGGCGGUGGCCGAGGUGGCGACAAUUACUAUGACCAGAACCAAAGCUUCGACAACAAUCAACAGGGCGGUGGCUACGGUAGCCAGAGCUCCGGUCGUGGCAAUGAAUAUGGUGAUCAGAGACAAGAAGGUGGCUACGGAGGCAGACAAGACUACAGCGGAGGGCGAGGGGAAUACGGUGAUAGCCAGGGUGGUGGGUAUGGCAACGAACAAUCACGUCAGCAUGGUCGACGUAACAAUGAAGGCGAGUACGGAGGCCAGGAAGGAUAUGGCGGCAACAGCCGCCCUGAAGGCCGCUAUGAAGGAAGAUCUGGUGACAGCUCUGGCGGUGGUUACGGAGGUGGUGACUAUGGCAGAGGCUCUGGUGGUGGUGGCUAUGGAGCUGGAUCAGGCGGUGGCCAUGCAGGUGGAUCCGCCGAUUUUGAUCAAGAUGAAGUGUUGCGGCAUAGCCAACAGCAGGGUCAUUCAGGAGACUCUGGCCUCUUCUCGCAAGCCUUGUCUUUCCUCAACGACAACAAGCAGAGUGCGCAGUCGGAGGACAUUGACGAAGGCCGCGCUCAGCAAAGCCAUCAACAACUCUAUCAGCAGGGUGGUGGUGGACAACAGCACGAUGCCUCGAGUCUCGGCGCAGGGGCAGCAAUGCAGGCGCUGAAGAUGUUCACGGGCUCCGGAGGCUCCGGAGGCGGAUCAGGAUCGCAGUCUCAAAUGAUCGCGACGGCCAUGCAGGAAGCGUCGAAGUUGUUCGAGAACCAGAGCAGCCAAGGCAACGUGCAGAGUGGCACGACGAAGCAGUCGGUGGUCAACCAGGCUGCGAAGAUGGCUCUGCAGAUGUAUAUGAAGAGUCAGGGCGGUGGCAGCGGCGGGGCCUCUGGGCUGAUGAGCCUGGCCAGCAAGUUCUUCUGA